AUGCUCACCGACGAGCGUCCCCGCUGCCAUGUAGCCGCGCCCGCGCUGCUUCUCCUCGCCGCUGCCGCGUUCGCCAUCGCACUGCUUCUCCACCCAGCGAUCGCGACGUCGCCAUCCGCCGUCCAGUCAACAGCAGCGUCGUCGCUCCGGUCGACGGCAGCGCCAUCGCUGUCCGCGUCGCUGUGGUCGGACCCGGCCGUCCAGCGCGUCGUGUCAGCCUGCGAGAGCAACGGCUUUGUGCGCGCCCUCGAGGCGGGUUCCCUGCCGCUGCAGGCCUUUCAGGGCUUCCUCUCGCAGGACAAGUUCUUCCUCGGCGCCUUCUCGCGGGCGUACGCACUCGCGCGCGACAAGUCGUCCGCCGCCGGCGACGCCGCGAGCGCCGCCGAGUUUGGCGACCUUCUGGCCGGCGUGGAGAACGAGCUGUCUCUGCACGCGGGCUACGCGGCGCGCUGGGGCGUCGACAUGAGCCUCGUCAGGCCGGCGCCGGCAUGCUCCCA